AUGAGUUUUCAGAGUCCCAGAGUGAAAAGUUUAAGCGAAUUAUGCGAGCUGUCGCUAUUGAGAAAUCAUCUUGUGCUGCGAAGCGUUCGCAAUACACCUUACAGGCUGAUCCGCAAUGUCCUGAUGAAGCUCAAAAUGGAGCAGCUUUGCAAGUUAGAAGAAACAAACGUUCUGCUCAUAUUUGAAGAUGAUGAAAUAUGGCAUAACCUACUGGUUAAAGAUUACCCAUUACAUGCAGAUAAGUCGUUUCUUCGAAAACGAGAGGAGAUAGUGAACUACUUUGUAUCGUACAUUGAGCAGCAUGAUGCCACUUUGCUGGAGGACGUGGAACUCAUGAAAAGUUUCCUUCGGUGUGCAAUAAAGAAGGAUCCGGAACUCCAGAAAUACAGGGUUCCCUCUAGAAUGCUUUACUUCAAAUAUCAGGCGGACACAGUACGAAAGCAAGAAGUCAGCACACAAAGACUGCGAUCUCAAAUGCAGCAGCUUCAGCAAGAAAAGCAGAAGAAUCAAAUUGCGCCUCUUGACGAUCCUUUAUACUGCGAAAAACGCACAAAGUCAGGCCUCAAGAACAGCAGCAGAUCAGAUCUGUUUGUAAAGUCCUACAAGGAGCAUCAAAUGCGGCAGCAACAUUUCAAAAACGGCGGGUUCGAUGCCUCCAAGCGUCCUGUAAAACGGGUUGCUUUUGGUGGCCAGGUUGGCAUGCCCGCAAGCCGAAAUGGAGAAUUGAGUGCAGAAGUGACGUAUCCUAGUGUUAACAAGGCUGAUGUACCAAGUUCAAAGAUUAUCAGAAGCCCUACUCAGCAUGCAAGCCCGAAACGGAUCUCCAGCCCGCCGCCCGCGAGAAGACUGCAGGAAGAGCCAAACCCAUUUUUGAAACGCAGGAAGCCGAUGUUUCGACGUCAAAACUCGCCUUCGCCAGUUCCUUCUUCAGGUCAUAUUAAUGAGCAUGCUACGAAACCUGUGGUGGUAAAAGUCGGGUGCAAGAUAAGCAAUAAAUCUAAAAAGUCCAGCAUAUUCACGGCACCCUCGCCACAAGAGCAGAUUGCCAAACAAUGCGGAAAUCAGUCAAACGCCUACAUUUUCGACAACAAGUCACGUCCUUGA